CCGCCAUUCAAUUAGUUUGCGCUCGCCGCUUGACCUGCUAGCGACGAUGGGUAAUCUGCGUUCGCUGCGACAUUUAGCGAUAUUUUGUAUUUUGGCCAAUGGCUGGGUUUUUGUCCUACUUUCGGAGUUGCCUACGCUACGUAGCUUCACGCCGCUUGCGGAACGCGUGCGCGCUUACGAAACUUUGCGCGCCAACAUAUUGGAGAAGGAGAUAAGCGCACAACUCGGCGGCGGCGUGCUGCUCAAUUCCAAAGAAAGCGCGCUCAAUGAACUGAUCAUGCUGGAGAAGAGACGCGAAUUGGAGCUGGGUUUGACAAAUUUGAGCCAAUUUCAAGCGGCACAACACUUUUUUCGCUCAAAUGAGAAAAUCAACAAAACGCCACUCUUUCAGCUGUUGCGCGGUAUGCCGAAAGGCGGCGUUUUGCAUGCGCAUGAUAUGGCGCUGUGUAGCAGUGAAUACCUGCUGCGCCUAACAUAUCGUGAGCACUUGUGGGUUUGUGUUUCGCGCAGUCAGACAAAAGAGUACGAGCGGCUGCGAUUCUCUUUGUUGCGGCCGCAGAGCGAGCAGCCGUGCGAAUGGUUGCUUUUGAGCGACUUACGAGGGAGUGAGCGUGGCGAUGUUGUUGAUAAGAAAUUAUUAGCGCAAUUGACUAUGUAUCCGCAAGUGCAGUUCGACAAUGAGGAUGCGGUUUGGAAGCAUUUUCGUAGCAUAUUUCGACUUGUUAUCGGGCUGUUGACCUAUGCGCCCGUAUGGGAGGAGUACAUCUACAGGGCGCUGGAGGAAUUUUACGCAGAUGGCGUGCAAUAUUUGGAAAUACGUUCCGUAUUACCAAUAUUUUACGACCUAGUUGGUGGCAACUAUACCAUACUGAAUACGACGCGCGCAAUGCGCAAUGCGGAAUUACGUUUCCGCGCAACACAUUCGGACUGGAUUGGUUCGCGCCUGAUCUAUGCGCCUACGCGAAAAGUUAGCGACGCUCGCUUAGUCGAGUAUCUCGGCAAUGCGCUGUUGUUGAAGUCCCACUUCCCCGACUACCUUGCCGGCUUCGACUUGGUUGGCUAUGAGGCCGAGGGUCGCCCAUUGCGUGAUUAUGCUCGCGAGCUUCUCGCUGUACAAGAUGAUAUCAACUUCUAUUUUCAUGCUGGCGAAACCAAUUGGUAUGGCUCAAGCAUCGAUGAAAAUCUACUCGACGCUGUGCUACUCGGCACUAAGCGCAUUGGUCAUGGCCUGGCGCUGCUUAAGCAUCCCGAGGUGUUGCGUUUGGCGCGUUUGCGAAAUAUUGCCAUCGAAGUGAGUCCGAUAUCAAAUCAAGUGUUGCAAUAUGUUGGCGAUUUGCGUACUCAUCCCGCUGCGGUGCUGUUUGCGCAAAAUUAUCCAGUUGUGAUCGCUUCGGAUGAUCCAUCAUUUUGGAAGGCUACGCCGCUAACACAUGACUUCUAUGUGGCAUUUAUGGUGAUUGGCUCGCAGAAGGCAGAUCUUGGCAUGCUAAAGCAGUUGGCUUCGAACUCGAUUACAUAUGGGGCAUUUGAACAGGCUCAGCGGGAGAAAGCCUUUGAAAAAUGGAAUAAAAGAUGGGAGAAAUGGAUUGACGAUGUCCUGAGGUAGACGACAGGAUGCGAAUAAAAAUGUUUGUGUAUUUUCUAGUUUGAAAAUUUACAAUUUUCUCUGAUGAUUAAGAAUAAAAUUGU